UAUGACAUUCAGCACAUGCAUGAGAUUCUGACAGGGAUCAAAACAGUGGUUUUUAACUUUUUGAGGGGGCGGGGGGCACCCAUAUGGGCACCAAGACAGGACGGGCACCUGUGGAGCAAUGAUAUAUCAAAAGAUGCUCUGAAAGACGAGAUGGGCACCCUGACAAACUUGCAAACAUUAGAGGGACAUGAUGACCAAGUAUGGUGUGUUUCCUGGAACCCGUCAGGUACACUUCUGGCUUCUUGUGGUGGAGACAAGACAAUCAGAAUCUGGGGACAGGAAGGUGAUAAAUGGGUCAACAAGUCUAUAUUGACUGAAGGUCAUCAGAGAACUAUAAGGUAUGUGUCAUGGUCACCUUGUGGCAACUACCUUGCAAGUUCAAGCUUUGAUGCAACUGUGUGUAUAUGGAGCCGUAAAGAAGGCGAAUUUGAGUGUAUAGCAACCUUGGAAGGUCAUGAAAAUGAGGUCAAGGCUGUUUCCUGGGCAUGUACAGGAAGUCUCCUAGCAACCUGCAGUAGAGACAAGAGUGUGUGGAUAUGGGAAGUGACAGAUGAUGAAGAUUAUGAAUGUGCCAGUGUAUUGAGCUCACAUACACAGGAUGUUAAACACUGCACGUGGCACCCUAGCAAAGAGGUUCUCGCCUCGUGUAGUUAUGAUGACACAGUCAAGGUGUACAAAGAAGAAAUUGAUGAUUGGACAUGUUAUGCUACCUUGGAAUCCCAUGAAUCAACUGUGUGGAAAGUUUGUUUUGAUAAAAGUGGAAGCAGGCUUGCAUCUGUAAGUGAUGAUAAAACAGUAAAAAUAUGGCAGGAAUAUUUGCCUGGUAAUAAAGAGGGCGUUCCAACAACUGGAAAUGAUGGUUCCUGGAAGUGCGUGUGCACAAUAUCAGGAUAUCACAACCGAGCCAUAUUUGAUGUAGACUGGUCAUAUUUAACUGGCAGACUGGUUACAGGAUGUGGAGAUGAUUGUAUUCGAGUGUUUAAGGAGGAAGAGGGGUCAGACAUGAAUCAACCAUCAUUUAGUCUUGCUGGGACUGCAAGACAUGCACAUGAUCAGGAUGUGAACUCUGUAUCAUGGAAUCCAAAAAUUGAAAAUCUUUUAGCAUCUUGUAGCGAUGAUGGGACAGUUAAGUUGUGGAAAUAUAGUGAACAGGAAUUCUAAUAAAAUAUUUAGAAACAGGUUUUUCAUAUAUAUAUAUCAUUUGUUGGUUAUGGCAUAAGAUCAUGUGAAAACAAAUGUUAGAGAGUCUGAGCACCUAAGUGACAGCAAAGAUGGAACCCAGGAACUACAAAUUCUGAAAUAUUUACCUUUAAGAUUAAUUGAAGUAUUAUUUAUAGUAUUGUUACAUAAUUCAAGAAGGAAGUAGAGCUGUGCUUAGUUACAAGAGUCAGUACAGAAAUUGCCUUUAAAUAGAAGAAAUAAGUUAA